UACAGCAAAGAAAUAAUUAAAAAUUAAAUUAAAGAAGAAAUAAUUUAAAAAAGAUAUUUACAAAUUAAAAAAAUUAAUAAUGGUGAAGAAACGUUCACGUAAGAAGUUAUCAGAACAAAUAAAUAAAACUAGAGAAGAAAUAGAGAAAAAAAAAGAAGAUUUAAUAAGUAUGCAAAAUUUAAUUUUAAAACAUAAUCUUUACUCAGAUUACCUGAAAAAAAAAACAAUCAUAGCCAACAAUGUUAUUUUGUUGAAGAAUAAAUUUAAAAUAGUUAAUAAACUCCAGAGUAUUUUAUCCUGCGAAGGAAUAUUAUUGCCGGUUAAUCUCAACGAGUGGUUGGCAAUGUUAGAGAGGUUGGAAAAAUUGUCCGAGGAGCUGGAUGAGGAGUAUGUAAAAUCACUAGCUACUGUCAGUGAAGAUAACUGUCAGUUGGGUGAUGUUGUGUCUAGGAUUGAUUUUCCAGAAGAUGAUCUUGCUGUGCUGCUUCAGGAUGCUUUUGAUAAGCUAGGUGGGAGUGUGAGCCAUCAGAUUAAAAUUAAGCAGUACGCCAGGUUGCCUUUGUCCAAACAGCAGCAGGAGCUGGAACAAUCUUUACUGGAGUUGGAAGGAAUAAAAUGUGCUGGAAAUUUUGAUGAUGAUUAUAAUUAUAAUUAUAAUUGGCGAGGAGAUAAAAGUAAAAUUGAGAACGUCAGUAAGAGGAAGUUUGAUUAUUAUGAUGUACUUUUUGCUGAGCGUGGUAAAAAUUCUGGGAAUAAUUCUGGGCUUGAUGAUUCUGGAAUUGGAUUGGAGAAAAAAAUCGAUUGGUUUAAUGAUUCAAUCGACGAAGAGCAGUUUGAAAGACUGAAGAAGAAAUAGAUGAAAUAUUUAUUUUUUGUACUACUAAAAAAUAAAUUAAGAAGCUAAUUUUAAUUAACUGGAUCUCUAUUUUGAUAUUAAGUGAUUAUUUUGAUGCAGAGAAAUAAUUUUUAAUAACAAAUAAAGUGGACCAAGAAAUAUAUAUA